AUGUUUCCGCAGCUCGACAUGUCUGAGAACGAACGACGGUUAGUAUCGACACUAACCAGGCCAAGCGCUAUCCCGCCGUCGGGCCCGCCUGACACGGAUGCAUCGGUACCAUCUGCCUCGGGCCAUGGGCCUCAAACCACCAAACCCGGAAGGCGACGACGCGCCGCCGAAUCAAAGAACAAAUCUCCCAAGAAUCAACACUUCUACUUUGUUGAUCAGAAUUCGUCAUCCAAAGAAAAACGUGCUCAUGUUAUGCGCCACCAUGUACAAGAAAAAAAGAAACAGCGCAAAAUGUCGGGCACACUCUCGACAGAGCAAAUACCAGACCACACCUCAUAUCCGGCAAAGAAAGAGACAGGAACUGUCGAAGAGACUCGACUGGGGUCACCCUCGACAGCUGCGCAAAACUUCCCCAGCGGAGAAACUUCGCUUCAAAUUAGAUUCUCAAAUAUGAGAUCACAACCUUAUACUUCUACACUACCAUACAUUGGCUCGCCAAUCACGAUACUCGAUGCUUCGCGAAGGGAUCCGUUUGCGAGUCUGCCAAUGCAAUAUGACAACAGCGAUAUUCAAUUGGCUGACUAUUGGAGGGAUAAGUUGAUGUACUGGUCUGGACAGAACCUUCAUGUGAAGAACCAGAUUUUCCGCACGGCUAUGGGAAACCCUCUUUCAUUCAAAGCAGUAGUCCUGUCAUACUGUGCGCGGUGGAAAGCGCAGCUGUACAACAUGCCCGAUAGCAGCGACAUUCAGCGUCAUGUUGGUCAAGCCGUGAAACUCAUCGAUGAUGUUAGCUCAGGAUCGGCAUUGAUCAGAGCGGAUGAUCUGACAAUGGCCUUGAGUGGAAUGGCCUUGCACGAAGGGCGCUUUGGGAACAAGCAACUGGCCCAGGUAUAUGUUGACCGCGCGGUCCAGGUCAUGCGACCGCGAACAGGAACCAACAGACCGGUGGAAGUGUUCCUUCACUACGUCCGAUAUCUUAUGACCCCAGAAGGCUCCUGGAUCGGUUUGGUCGAGCAGCAAUGGCUGGUCAGUUUUCUCCGCGGAGCUGAAGAUCUCAUGCGGCAACACAGCUCCCCCGACUACCUCCUCCAAGCACCCCAUAGGCUCAAGGCUUUCCAGAUGGAAAGUCCUCUAUUUUCCUUACUGUCUAGUGGACCCCGGCCCUCCCAAGUGCCGCAUGCGUCACGUGUAUAUGUGGUUCGCGAUGCGCAUACCCAAGAGGUCAGCCAAACGGCUUCACUCAUUUAUAUUACGGCUGCACUGUGGACUUUCAAUGAGUCCCCAGAUAAAACCGACCGGUUCCUUCAGUUUUUGUGUACCACGGUAAAACAGCACCAUCUCGAUCGGGAUCCAGCUUGUGAAACCCUUUUGUGGUUACUGUUGGAGGAAGGAUAUGAUUCCGAUUUACAAGACCCUGAACGUGCAUGGUCCACUGGUGAGCUACUCAAGGCGCACAAACAGCUACGGCCGGAUCUCCAGUUCCAGUUCAAUGAGAUUCUCAUGAGUUUCUUAUCUUUUCAGACACCUAUCCGUGGAGUCACCGCAUUUGAAGAAGAUCUUCGACAAAGUCCACAUAGUUCUCAAUGA